AUGGUGAGGCCGUAUGGGAUUAAGGUGAACAAGAGAAAGGAGAGACAAGAGAGGUACGAUAAAGAAGAAGAUGAAGAAGAUGAACAACCAAAGUUUGAGCAGAAACAAAAAGCAGAAGAAAGUGUGAAGAAGGCGAGAAAAGAAAGCACCUCAAAAGCAGAGGAAAUCAAUGAACAGAAGGAAGAGACUGAGGAGGAAGCAGAAGAUGAUAUUGAUGAAGGGAUACCUAUUAACCUUGCUGCUCGUAAAACGGAAAAGCCCGGUGUUGUUUUCGUGCUUGAGAAAGCCUCUCUUGAAGUUGCCAAAGUUGGAAAGACUUACCAGCUACUGAAUUCUGACGAUCAUGCUAAUUUCUUGAGAAAAAAUAACAGAAAUCCUGCUGAUUACAGACCAGACAUCACGCAUCAGGCUCUUCUAAUGAUUUUGGAUAGUCCAGUUAAUAAGGCUGGGAGGUUGAAAGCAGUUUAUGUUAGAACAGAGAAAGGUGUCCUUUUUGAAGUUAAGCCACAUGUUCGUAUACCAAGAACUUACAAGCGAUUUGCCGGAAUUAUGUUGCAAUUGCUACAAAAACUUAGCAUUACUGCAGUUGGUGGGCGUGAGAAACUUUUACGGGUGAUCAAGAACCCUAUCGAAAAGUAUCAUCUACCGGUUAACUCACGAAAAAUAGGCUUCUCGUAUAGCUCUGAAAAGCUGGUCAACAUGCAGAAGCACCUAGCUACUGUCUGUAAUGAUACAGACACUGUUUUUGUGCUCGGUGCGAUGGCACAUGGGAAAAUAGAGUGCGACUAUAUCGACGAUUUCGUGGCCAUUUCAGGGUAUCCGUUGAGCGCAGCCUAUUGUAUCUCAAGAAUCUGCGAGGCAUUAGCAACAAAUUGGAAUAUAAUUUAA